AUGGAAAGAGAACAUAAGGAAGAGGAAGGAGAAUCAUCGAAGCGUGCCAUCAAUAUUAGCCCAACUAUGAAAGAACGUAUUACUGUGAGACCAAAACCUACCACAGCUGCAGAAUCUGUCAACUCAUCAUCAUCAUCGACAACAACAACAAUAAUAGAUAAACGUUAUGGUUCAAAAUUUAAAAAAGAGUGGUUAUUCAAUUCGAGUUGUUUUACGUUUUUGCGAGAAUGUAAACCGAAUCUUACAAAAGCUUUAUGUGUUGCUUUGGAUAAUAGUGAUGCUCAAAGUUUAUGUGAUGAAUGUGAUGAUGAUGAUAUACAAGAUUUUGAUUCCGAUGAUAAUGAACGUAAUGCUAAAUGCCAUGCAAAGCAAAAAGAAAACCAUCCAGUGAGAGCUGGUCAUUUGUGGACCUAUUUACUUGAUGGUGAAAGUGUUCCUAACUUUAAAAAGCUUGUUCAAUUCAUAUUUUCCAUUCCAGCUUCAAAUGCAUUUUGUGAAACAAUCUUUAGUCAUAUGAAAUAUUUAUGGAAUGACAGUAGAAAUCGAAUGAACCAAGAUUUUGUUGGAGCUGGAUUAAAGAUUAAAACGAAUACUCAUUUUACUUGCACACAAUUCUAUGAUUAUCUUUUAAAUGAACCAGAUCUUUUGAAACAGAUUUGA